UCCCAUGAUCCUUCAGAGUUGGAGUUUGCGCAAUGGGUUUUCCCUCGGCCCUUGUCGUCUGGUCAGUGUUCUGCUUGUUGUUGUUGUCGGUCCCUUUUAGAGGGGCAGGAGAAAAAGCAUCUACGUUAAUAUUUCCAAUUACCUGGCGCAUGAGCAGGUUACUGGGGGAUCUUCCUGCCAUGAGAGUUGACUACCAAGUCAACCUACCCCCUUCCUUCUGCAGUUGAUGGAUCUCGGGCUUCCACAGAGAUGACAGACAGUGUCAGGGCCUUCCUCCGCAAUGUUGCGACGGGGAUCAAGGACUCGAUAUUGGGAAUUGGAACCAUCUCCAAGCUGGAUGCACGCAUCCAGCAGAAAAGGGAGGAACAGCGGCGGAGAAGGGCCAGCGGGGCUUUGGCACAGAGACGGGCUCAGAGUGAGGAGCGUAAACCAGACAAUGACCCCAAAGUAGCCAGCAGGAUCUUUCAGUGCUGUGCCUGGAACGGAGGAGUCUUCUGGCUCAGUCUGUUUCUCUUUUACCGGGUGUUUAUCCCUCUACUUCAGUCUCUCUCUGCUAAAAUUAUCGGUGACCCUUCGCUCCAUGGUAGUAUCUGGUCAUGGUUAGAGUUCAUACUGACUUCUGUCUUCAGUGCUCUCUGGGUUCUCCCAUUGUUUGUCCUCAGCAAGAUUGUCAAUGCCAUCUGGUUUCAGGAUAUUGCUGACUUGGCAUUUGAAGUGUCCGGUUGUAAAGCGCAGUCCUUCCCCAGCGUCAGCAAGAUCAUCGCAGAUAUGCUAUUCAACCUCCUCCUCCAGGCACUCUUUCUCAUUCAGGGUAUGAUUGUUAGCCUAUUUCCCAUUGACGCCAUUGGACAGAUGGUCAGCCUACUGCACAUGUCUCUGCUCUAUUCCCUGUACUGUUUUGAGUACCGCUGGUUCAACCACGGCAUUGAGAUGCACCAAAGGCUGUCCAAUAUUGAGAGGAACUGGCCAUAUUACUUUGGCUUUGGUUUGCCCAUGGCUUUGUUGACUGCCUUGCCUUCAUCAUACAUCAUCAGUGGCUGCUUGUUUUCCAUCCUCUUCCCUCUUUUCAUCAUCAGCGCUAAUGAGGCCAAGACACCAACAAAGCUGUACCAUUUUCAGCUGCGUCUCUUCUCGCUAGUGGUGUUAAUCAGCAACAAGCUUUUUCACAAGACGGUCCACCUGCAGUCCUCAAUGACAUUGUCAACAUCCUCGGAGAGACUCGCAUCCCCCAACGCCUCCCCGGUCCGACAAAGACUUCUGCCAACCCAGUGAUGAUGAUGAUGAUGAUGAUGAUGCAUGAAGGAACCUUGCUUAAUGUGACAAAGAUUUUUCCAGAAGGAUUUCCUUAUUGUGUUUUACAGCACUGGGCUUACAUGUUUUUACUCCUCUUUGGCCCUUUUAUUAAUAUUCAUUUGUCCACUAUGUCAGUGUGACAUAUAAAUUCCCUGUGCCUCACACUCAAAACACAUAAUGCACACAAAAUUUUUUUUUUUUUUUUUUUUUUUUUUUUUUCACUCAUUUUGUAUAACGUGCCAUUUCGGUGACUGUCCUUUAAAAAAAAUAGCAGCACAAUAAAUCAAAUAAGUAUAAAUAAAAAAGAUUUUUUUCUGGAAUGGAGACUAUUUGGCAUUUAGGAAGAAACAUGUUUCCUUUUAGAAGCAACCGGGUUAUUUGAUGGUGGAAGUUUCAGAUGUUCCUGUGACUGUCAGGUUAUGGUGUGGCGGCAGUUCCAGGAAGUGUGAUGUUAAGUCAGUGGGUAUUUUUUUUUUAAAUAAAUUAAAAAAUUUUAAAAACGAGCUGUUAAGUGAGGAGGUGAAAUGAUUUGGGACCAUCCUAUGUUUACUUUCCCAAGUUUCCUCAAAUUAAAGUGGGAGCUGUAUUCAUUGCCAACUACAGGACGGUUGGUUUAGUCUUCAUAAACUUAUUCAGUGAUAAAUUUCAUGAUGCCGCCAAGCUAAAAAACU